AUGGCUGCGUUCUAUCUUUUCCCCCGUCUCCCCACUGAGCUUCGCGCGCGAAUCUGGGAGUUGACAGUCGAGCCACGCACUGUUGAGGUCCGUGGUAAGAAAAUGCCUGGGUCAUGGCGCAAGGUUUUGCAUGUAACCUCGUCAACACCGGUACCUGCAGUCCUUCAGGCCUGCCAUGAAGCCCGAAACCUGAGACUAUACCAGCAGGCCUUCAUCUUCUCCUCAGCAGUUGAGCGGCGGUAUGUCUGGGUCAACUUUGAUAUCGACAUGAUAUCAAUUGGGGACACAGAUUUUGACAUAAUGGAACCGGCUGAACAACUGCUGAUCCGCCAGCUUACCAUUCAGCGCAAGAAUACAUUUUUCAUCUUUGAGUCCUAUGAGCUUUUUUCUAAUCUGGAGGAGAUGCAUAUCAUCUGUGAAGACGGCCUAAUGGCAUGGCAGGAUGCCUGGGAAAAUCUUCCCUGGCCAUGUCCAAAAAAGAAUCUGAGGUUCAUUGACAAGGAGACGGGGCAGAUUGCAGUUGCACAUGUCGUCGAUUUCGCCUGCGGCACGGGGCUAGUCACCUUCCUCGCAGAGACGCAGGUCGGACCAACAGGGGUAUAUCAGCGAGGAGAUGCUGGUGGCGACGGCACAGGCCAGUUCGAUUUGAUCACCUAUGCGGCGGUGCUUGUGCUGCUCGCUGAUCCGCUUGCAGCGAUACGGCGCUGGGCAUCGCUGUUGAGGGAGGGCGGCAGGUUGGUUAAGGAUAUGGCGGCUAGGGAUGUGCAUGUCCCUGCGCGGAUCUUUAAGCGGAUUGGGCCGGAGCUUAGGCUCUCAUUGCUGUGGGAUCAUAGCUGA